AGGCUCAUCUCUUCUCUCUGAAGUCACCAGCUCGUGCGUGUGUGUGUGUGUGUGUGUGUGUGUGUGUGUGUGUUUGUGAAGUCUCAGUUAAAAAAUGUUCUGGCUGACUUCAAGGGCUGCAGUAUCAUUGCAGAGACACUGCAGCAGAAGCAUUGCUUUAUGAGAACAAGACCAUGAUCAAAGCUGCAGAGAUUGGAGACACAUCGUGGGAGCUGUCUGUGCAGGUGGACCAAAAACAGGGAGACGAGUCCAUGAAAUUUAGGCUUAGGGUCAAAGGAGACUUGCACGUCGGAGGCCUCAUGCUUAAGUUGGUGGAGAAAAUCAAGGCUCAACAGGACUGGUCUGACCAUGCGCUGUGGUGGGAACAGAGGAAGUGCUGGCUGCUCAAAACUCACUGGACCUUAGACAAGUAUGGAGUUCAGGCUGAUGCUGACCUGCGCUACACCCCCCAGCACAAACCUCUGCUGCUGCAACUUCCCAACAUGAAAACUAUCAGGAUCACAGUCAGCUUCUCCAGCAUGGUCUUCAAGGCAGUGGAAGAAAUCUGCAGAGCUCUCCAAAUCAGGAGAUCAGAGGAGCUGUCUUUGCUGAAGCCUCCUGAUGAUCCAUCCAAAAAGAAGAAGAAGAAAGAGAAAAAUUCUCCUCAGGAUGACAUCUGGGAUAUAUGGGACUCACUUAACGGGGGUCUGGGAGGAACAGGCCCUAUGUACAGUAAGACCAUGACAGCGACCUAUGACCCAGAGAAUGGGAUGCCGAUGUCUUCCACCAGCCUUUGGUUUGGAGAAAACCCCCUAGCUGAGUGUCAACCGAACGUGCCGUCCGCUGAGCUUGCUAAGCUGUACGAGCCGCUGUCGCUUGUGGACAAAGCAACCAACAACGCAGGGUGGCUGGACUCGUCGCGCUCUCUGAUGGAGCAGGAAAUUCAGGAUGAUGAAAAGUUGUUACUUCGCUUCAAGUACAACGUCUUCUUUGACCUUAACCCUAAAUAUGAUGGUGUCAGGAUUACCCAGCUUUACGAACAGGCUCGGUGGGCCAUCCUGCUGGAGGAGAUCGACUGCACCGAUGAGGAAAUGCUGAUGUUUGCUUCGUUGCAGUACCACAUUUGCAAAUUGACCAUGUCGAAGGAGACGCCGAACCACUCCAAUGAACCAGAAAUGGAUGAAAUAGAAGCUGCCCUGUCCAACCUGGAGGUGACACUUGAAGGUGGACACACAGACAAACUUCUGGAGGACAUCACUGACAUUCCAGAGCUGGCUGCUUAUCUCCGGCUGUUUAAACCCAAAAGACUGACCUUGCGAUCAUACAAAGAGUACUGGUUUGUAUUCAAGGACACCACCAUCUCCUACUACAAAAACAAGGACACCUCCAGCGGAGAACCGAUCGAGCAGUUUCAUUUGAGAGGCUGUGAGGUUGUUCCUGAUGUCAACGUCACAGAAAAGAAGUUUGGCAUCAAACUCCUGCUCCCAGUUGCCGACGGCAUGAAUGAAGUCUACAUCCGCUGUGAUAAUGAAACACAGUACGCCAAGUGGAAAGCUGCUUGUAUCCUGGCCUCCAAAGGCAAAACGAUGGCCUACAGCUCCUAUAAGACAGAGGUGAGGAACAUCCAGUCCUUCCUGCAAAUGAAGAGCCUUGCGCCACCUCCUGGUCAGGCAGCUCCUGACCUGGAUGCCAUGGAUAUGAAUCCCGAGUGUUUUGUUUCCCCACGUUACGCAAAAAAGCAGAAGACCAAGCAGCUGACAACGCGCAUCCUGGAGGCCCAUCACAACAUAGCACAGCUGUCACUGAUGGAGGCCAAGAUGCGCUUUAUCAAGGCCUGGCAGUCACUUCCAGAGUUUGGCAUCAACUACUACAUUGUCAGAUUCAAAGGGAGCAAGAAGGAUGAAAUUCUGGGCAUUUCCUAUAACCGACUGAUUCGUCUCGACAUGUCCUCGGGCUUACCCGUCACCACAUGGAGGUUUGCCAACAUGAAGCAGUGGAACGUGAACUGGGAGAUCAGACAGGUGACAAUAGAGUUCGACCAGGGUGUGUCUAUAGCCUUCAGCUGUGUGAGCUGCGACUGCAAGGUGGUGCACGAGUUCAUUGGUGGUUACAUCUUCCUCUCCACACGCUCCAAAGACCAGAAUGAAACCCUAGAUGAAGAACUGUUUCAGAAGCUUAUCGGAGGCCAAGAAUGAACAACAAAAAAUAAAUCCUUUAAUCUAUUUCCUGUUUUCGUUUAUGUUGUAAUGUGAAAGACUGCUGUAGCAAUGUUAUCUCUGAAUGUUUAACACGAUAAAUCACUGGAAUUAACACAUUUUACACACAGAGCAAUGUUAUUUUUGCUUUUCUUUUCUUCAUUUUGACGUGUGUGAAAACAGUGAUGCUGAUGUAAAUAUAUAGUUGUGAUUGGUUUCUUAAAACUUAGAAGAUUUGAAGUUAGUCAGAAGCUGCAUUUUUUUUACAUUCAUUAGACAACUUUCUUUUAGGAAAAUAGAAGAAACAAAACUAAUCCUUACAGUGGUUUUAAAUAACGUUACUUACACACAUUGCAUUCAUAUUCUAAAUAAUCUCAUUCUCCAAACAGUGAAGUGUAGUAAAAAUGCAAUAUUUGUAAAACAGGCCAUCUGUAAUCUGUUGCUCUUCUGCGAUUAUGUGUUGGAUGCAUGUAAAAUACAGUCUAAUCCAGGGUGAACUACUGCCACAAAGUUCACUUUUCAAAACUCAGAGGUCUCCUUCCUUUGUUAAAGCUAUGAUUGUUUAGUAUAUCAAAUUAUUUCUAGCAUGAAGCAUACAAAUAGUCCCUCAAAAACAAAUUCAGUUAAUAGGCCAUUUUUUGUUAUUUUGAUAAUUUUAUUUAAUUUUAUCCACUUUUUUACUGCACAGUAAUAUGCUUUUGGUAUAAAACCCCAAUUACAAUUAUUCCACACAAAUUAGCAAACUAUGUGUCUUAUUUAUUACAAUUAGAAAACUGGCUCCAUCGAAUAUUUGUGCAGAUCAGGACAUAUUUAACCAGUGAAUUUAUCAGUCUUAUAUCUCAGCAAAAACCUUUUCUUUUACUUACAAGAAAAAAAAUCAUGUUUUUUUUUCAUGAUUAAAAUCAAACACUUUUUUCUA